AUGAAUCGCAUGGGGUCGUGGUUGUAUGGCCGCAAACCCGACAGUGCAUCGCCGCACGCUCUCGAGUUGGAGACGCAGAUACAAGACCUUGAGCAGGCAUUAGAAGCGGCCACUCUCAUUUUAGACGACAAUGUCGAUGGCGCUGAGAAUGGGCUCAGCAAAGGUGACUCAUCUUUCCACAAGACAGGAAAAGGCGUUGUUGGCUUUCUCCGCGCACUACUCGGCUUUGAACAGGAUAUCAUGCGCGAGGCUGCCGAGCGACUGUCAGAUGCUGAAACCAGUGCAUACAAUGACGAACAACGAGUAACUCACACCGCCAGCACACCGGACGCUUUCCGUUCCCAAAUCUAUGAUGUUGGCACGGAGUAUGCCCUCUGCCAUGCAAUGGCGCAGAUCAUGACUGCCGUCGUCGGGGUACUUAAUGAGAGCCUUACAGAGAGCUUGAAAGGGUUUUACAAGAUGCGAAAAGCAUACUCGACUUUGGAUGGCAUUGUACGCAUGGAGGAACGUUACCUGCAGACUCUGAAAUCUCGAACUGCUCUGGCACCUCUGAUAACCGAGAAACCACCUGCAAGCCCAAAACGGAGGCCGUAUGGUGCGCAUAUCAGCAAAUCCGAUCAGGAUUUACAUAAAAAAAUUGCAGAUCUCAAAUUGGCAGAUGAUGAGCCUCACAGUGUACCUGCGUCCGCUCGUUCUAGCGAGUCAAGUACACCUUUAGGCGAAAGCCUUACACAUGAUCCAGAAUUGGUGGAUCUGUUUAGCCAUCCCAUCGAUGCAUUUAUUCAUACCGGCGCCAGCUUAUGUCUGGGUAUGCUACUUGCGAUGCUCUCGACGCUCCCUCCCACAUUCAGUCGCUUGCUCGCAAUUGUCGGGUUUCACGGCGACAAAGAUCGAGGGUUGCGCAUGCUGUGGCAGGCUAGCAAGUCUACUACUUUAAUUGGGGCUGUUGCUUCACUUGGAAUUUUAGGUUAUUACAACGGGUUCGUCCGGCUGUUGGAUAUCAUUCCCGAUGCCAUCAAGGAAGACGAGUUGGGGAUUGAGGGUUAUCCCGCGGACCGUUUGAAGACCUUGCUCAAUACCAUGAGGACGCAAUACCCCAACAGCCAGUUGUGGUUGCUUGAGGAAGCUCGAAUGAAGAGCGGUAAUCGUGAUGUUGAGGGCGCCGUGGAUAUACUGAAGAACAGUAAAAAGAGUCCACUCAAGCAGGUCGAGGGUUUGCAGGCGUUUGAGAAGAGUCUGAACUCGAUGUUCUUGCACAAUUACGAGGACUGCGCUAAGUUCUUCCUUGAGUGCGUGGACCUCAACUCUUGGUCACCUGCUCUCUACUACUACAUCGCCGGAUCUGCCUACGUGAUUCUAUACCGCCGGACAUCCGACACCGAUCCAGCAGCAGCCGAGACAUACGCCGAAAAAGCUACAGAAUGUAUCCGCAAGGCACCAACAGUAGCAGGCAAAAAGCGCCUAAUGGCUCGCCAGCUCCCAUUCGAAGUUUUUGUUACCCGCAAAAUAGCAAAAUGGGAAGCUCGCGCCAAGGGAUUGAAAGUAGACCUCAUUGAUGCCGUGGGUGUCGAUCCAAUUGAAGAGAUGAAUUUUCUAUGGAAUGGAUACAGCCGUAUGGGAGCGGAGGGCUUGGAAGAGUCACUUCAUCGCCUAGAUCAAUCAGAGGAGGAUGUGAUACGUCCUGAUGAAGACGAGAAAGCCAUCACUCAACUCCUUCGAGCCUCUAUUCUGCGCGCAUUGCGCAAACAUGCAGAAGCCAAGGAUAUUCUGAAGGAGAAAAUCCUGGUCCUUGAUCGAACCACCUUCAAGGGCCAUCUACGCGAUAACUGGGUUCUUCCAGCAGCGCAUUUUGAGUUGGCGGCUAACCUGUGGAUGGAACGGCCUAGUUAUGUGCCGACCCAUGCAUCACCAUGGGAUCCGGAGCCCGCAGAAACAGAAGUGUCCGAGACCGAGCUCAUUUCUGCUGAGAAGAAACAAGUCCAAGAGUGUGAUGAGCAUCUUGAAAAGGCAGCUAGGUGGGAGUCGUAUGAUCUCGAUACUCGGAUUGGUCUCAAGGUGACGGCUGCUAGGGAGGCGAUUCGCAAGUGGUAUGCAUCGCAUCCUGAAGCUGCGUAG